UUCACAAGCAAGUGAUACAUAACCACACACUCUCCAUCUCUGUCUCUAAACUUCCUCUGUCACACCUGGUAACAAGAAUAAAACGCGUCUGUCGAAGAGUAAAGAUUUUUCACAGAGUAAAUCCGAGUCUCCAACAUCUCACCUCUGAUUAACCAUCAUCGUCCCUCGAAAAAAGUAAAAAAUGGCACGACGUUACUUGAACAUCACCGACGUUUUCAUCGGUAUUGCAAUCAUCUCGGCAACCGUCGGUUCCUUCGUCAUCGCGGCGCCAACUCAGCUCCAGAACGAUGUCAUAGAAGCCGACCCUCGUAUUUUCGCUCAACCGGAACUGGCGGAAGCUCUUGCAAGGCAUUACGAGGCCCUCGAAUGGAAUACAAAACAUGAGAAAUCCCCAGAGAAUGACAAUCAACAGAAAUCAAAAAACUUUUAUCAACAACUUCGCAAUUUGGACAGUAUCGGAGGUGCGAAUCUUUUGAGAAACUUGGACAGCAUCGGAGGUGCUAAUCUCCUCCGAAACUUGGACAGCAUUGGAGGUGCUAAUCUUUUGAGAAACUUGGACAGCAUUGGAGGAGCCAAUCUUUUAAGAAACUUGGACAGCAUUGGAGGAGCCAAUUUAUUGAGAAACUUGGACAGCAUCGGAGGAGCUAAUUUAUUGAGAAAUUUGGACAGCAUUGGAGGAGCUAAUUUAUUGAGAAACUUGGACAGCAUUGGAGGAGCUAAUUUAUUGAGAAAUUUGGACAGCAUUGGAGGAGCCAAUUUAUUGAGAAACUUGGACAGCAUUGGAGGAGCUAAUCUAUUGAGAAAUUUGGACAGUAUUGGAGGCGCUAAUCUGUUAAGAAACUUGGACAGCAUCGGAGGUGGCAAUCUAGUUCGGAAAUAAAUAAUUUGGACAUAUAAACUAUAAUGCUUAUUAGUUUUAAAAUCGGUUAAGCAUAUAGACGACUGUGUAUCAGGUAUAGGUAAGAACGUAGACAUGUUACACGUAUGGCGUAUAAAGAACCAUUAAAUACAAUAAGAUAGCAGUGAAAUUUGGUGAAGAUUGAACCCUAAAAUAUCCAUAGAAUCCAAUCCAUUCCCUUCAGACUACUGAAGCAACUCU